AGACAAGACAACUUCAGAGAGUACUUCUCUCGAUGCUGCCUACAAGUGCUUGCUGGCUGCCUUGGUGCCCUAGGGAUGGUAAUGCAUAAAAUCAAGAGCUCAUGAGGUUAAAUUUCGGGAAAGCCCUCUUGGAUGCAAGACAAAGGCGGGGUGAAAAACGAAAACAAAAGUAGCCCGAGUUAGAGAGGUCACUUGAUUUACUCUCUGCACUCAAGACUGCUCCUCUCUGCUCACUGAAACAGAUAGGAGGCAUGGCUUUGGAACACAACCAGUCAACAGACUACUAUUAUGAGGAAAAUGAAAUGAACAACACUCACGACUACAGUCAGUAUGAAGUGAUCUGUAUAAAAGAAGAGGUCAGAAAAUUUGCAAAAGUUUUCCUGCCUGCCUUCUUCUCAGUAGCUUUCAUCAUUGGACUUGCAGGCAAUUCCAUAGUAGUGGCGAUUUAUGCCUUUUACAAGAAGCAAAGAACCAAAACAGAUGUAUACAUCUUGAAUCUGGCUGUGGCAGAUUUACUCCUUCUAUUCACUCUGCCUUUCUGGGCAGUCAAUGCAGUUCAUGGGUGGGUUUUAGGGAAAAUCAUGUGCAAAGUCACUUCAGCCUUGUACACAGUCAACUUUGUUUCUGGAAUGCAGUUUCUGGCUUGUGUCAGCAUAGACAGAUAUUGGGCAGUAACUAAAGCCCCAAGUCCAUCAGGAGUGGGAAAACCAUGCCGGCUCAUCUGUUUCUGUGUCUGGAUGGCUGCCAUCUUGCUAAGUAUACCUCAGCUGGUUUUUUAUACAGUAAAUCACAAAGCUAGGUGCAUUCCCAUCUUUCCAUACCAUCUAGGAACAUCAAUGAAAGCAUCGAUUCAAAUGCUGGAAAUCUGCAUUGGAUUUGUAAUACCCUUUCUUAUAAUGGGAGUGUGCUACUUUCUCACAGCAAGGACACUUAUCAAGACGCCAAACAUUAAAAAAUCUCGACCCCUCAAAGUUCUGCUCACAGUGGUUAUAGUUUUCAUUGUCACUCAGCUGCCUUAUAACAUUGUCAAGUUCUGCCAAGCCAUAGACAUCAUCUACUCCCUGAUCACCGACUGCGACAUGAGCAAACGCAUGGAUGUUGCCAUCCAAGUCACAGAGAGCAUUGCACUCUUCCACAGCUGCCUCAACCCAAUCCUGUAUGUUUUUAUGGGAGUCUCUUUUAAAAACUACAUUAUGAAAGUUGCCAAGAAAUAUGGGUCCUGGAGAAGACAAAGACAAAAUGUGGAGGAGAUUCCUUUCGAUUCUGAAGAUCCCACAGAGCCAACCAGUACUUUCAGCAUAUAAAUAUAAAACUGCUCUAUCUCUCGCUUCAAUACACAUGAAUGAUCUUCUCCCUCAGAUAAAACAUCUGCAUUAUUCUGAAACUCAAAUCUCAAACACGGUGGUGGCAGCUUAUAACAAAGAAGAGGUUAAGGUGAGGAAGGAGGAAGGAAAGAAUCCAAGAAGAAGAAACAAAAUCAUAAAUGCACAAAACAUGAAAAUUAAAAUUAACAAUACGGAAAAUAGUAGUCACAGGCAUAAAUAAUAAAAACACUAUAAGUUAGGUCAUCUAAAAAAGAUUAAUAAAGAAGCUUAUAUUAAGGGGCAUUUAUAAUUGUUUUAAAUUAUAAAAAACAAUAUCCUUACAUAAUUUUUAGUGCUUUAAGAACUAUGCAGCAAAAUUCAAUCUAUCGGGUUUUUUCCCCCUUUCUUAAUUUGUAAGUGAUUUCAUAAAACUCCAGAAAGAAUAGCAAUUAACAAUCAAGUAAAUACACAAGAAAGCUUUUCUGGCCCUUUUAGUACAUUCCUGGUAAGUUUCUAAACACCUAAUUUGUUCCAUCAUGGCAACUUUCCUUAGUAACAAACUACUUACCCUGUUAGAUUUAUCAUGUAUACUCUAGAAGCAAUCCUCAGAAAAUUAUAUUUAUCUAGGUUCCAGUUUUUAUAACUUCCUAAAGGGUUUAUUCAUUUCUGUGAGUCUGUUACUGAAGGUUGACAAACAAUAUAUUUUCCUAUGUAUAAAGACUCUUUUUGUCACUUAAAUACUUAUAUUUUUAAGCAAUGAAAAUAUGUACUACAGUAAAUUAUUUUUGGUAACAUGUACAGCUUAUCUCUUUAAAAACAAUCAUAUAUAAAUUAUUAUAAGCUAUGCAAUAUGCCCCUAUUAAAAUUUAAUUUUGAUAGAAAUUACGGUGGUCAAAAAUAGUGUGCACUAACGUGAAUUGUAUCUCUCACAAAAUGUAAAAAAAAAAAGAAAGAUGUUUUCUACUCUUCAAAUAAACAUCACCUAAUCAAGAUAUGUUAUUUUAAAAUUAUUUUUCUUUUUAUCAACUAUUUCUAAAUUUGAAAAUGCUUUCAAAGCAGAAUUUAAAGAACUGUGAUCAUGACACUAAUAACUGUAUCAUAUUA